AGGUUCCCAGGUUUGGCUGUUUAAGGAUCUGUCACUCCAAGAGGGUUUCCCUCAGCCUCUGUCUACUCUGGCUCCUGAGGACUCAGAAGGAGGGUGGCAAGGAUUGCACUGGGACCCAAAGCAGGGUGUGGUGUGGGGGUCUGUGAGAGAGGAUGGAGAGCAAGGAGAGGAAAGCGAAGUCUGGAGAGAGCUCAUUGAAGAAGGAGUGAAUGGAAUCAUCAUGGAGAAUGCCGAUGAGAGAGAAAGGACUGGGGACUUUAAGGGUUCAACCUAUCUUUUCAAAGGCAAUUCCUACUGGAAAUUUACUCACCCAGGCUCCGCCCCUGAAGAAGGAUACCCUCGGAUUCUGGCCACUGAUUGGUUGGACUGCCCUCAGCCUUCCUCUUACAGCCCCCGUGACAUCUCUUUGAUCUCCCACUACGGUCAACAGGAGCUUCGUGAGCAGAAAGGGCAAAGAAUAAUCGACCAGAUCAGGCACAAUGACAAAACCGAAAGAGAUAAACCUUAUCGCUGGGACUGUCCAUGUCUAAACAGUGCAGUGACUCAAAGUGGACCUAUUUUACUGCCCAUUUUAUUUCUGAUCACUGGGACUUGUAAUCCAUCACUUUAAUUUUUUCCACAUCCAAGUUUACAUAGUCAUACCCCAAAAUAAAGUUUUCCUUGACUUUCAAUCUCUGACCAAAGGAAGUGACUACAAUAGUUGAUCAUGGGGAAAUGGAUUGUCCGUGAAGGUGUCUCUGAUCACCAGUUAUUUAUGAACUCACUGAAGAGUGCCAACACUUCAUAGAUGGGUGUUGGACCGAGAACUCCUGCAAACACCACAUCCCUUGGUCACAGAGAGAGCGAGAGAGAAAGGAGUCUGACAUGAACAGGAACCAAGCUGUGUGUGGAAUCAAAGGAGAAAGCCAGUACUCCUAUGAUGGAGAACCAGAUAACUUGCCAUUUCAGCUGCAUUCGGUCUAUGAGAGGUUACUGCGGGCAGAACAACAAGGGGAGGUCUUAUCAAAAGAACUGCUUAAAGUGCUUGGUCAACUUCAAAACCGCAGCAUUGCUCCAUCAAAUCACACAAUCAGCAACUCCUCAGCUAUAUUAGAAGAGAGGGUCCUUCGGCGCUUGUUGCCUUCACAGCCUAAUGCCUACAUCUACUUGCCUCACCUGAAGGAGCAUGAGGACAGUCUGACACCCAUCGUUCACCUGGGGCAGCGACGCACUGGAGUGUCUCUGGUGUUAGGAGUGCCCACCGUGCACAGGCAGAAACAGAGUUAUCUAGUGAACACACUCCAGUCUCUCCUAUUUGACCUAUCAACUGCCGAGAGGAAAGAUAUUGUCAUUGUAGUCUUUAUUGCCGAGACAAAUGCAAUAUUUGUGAAUGCUGUUGUACAGAGUGUACAGACCAAUCUCCCAGAUGCUGUCAGUGCUGGAGUGAUAGAGGUGAUCUCUCCAUCUCCUCACUAUUACCCAGACUUAAGUAACCUGAAGGAAACAUUUGGAGAUCCCAAGGAGCGUGUCAGAUGGAGGACCAAGCAGAACCUUGACUACAGUUUCCUCAUGUUGUAUGCACAGUCUAAGGGCACAUACUAUGUCCAGCUUGAGGAUGAUAUUAUAGCAAAACAAGGAUUCUUUGAGUCCAUGAAAAAAGAUAUAGCGUAUGUGCUUUCAGAGGAGUGGCUUUUCCUGGAGUUUUCCCAGCUGGGAUUCAUUGGCAAGCUUUUCCGCACAUCAGAUCUGCCAAUGAUUGUGGAGUUCUUCCUGAUGUUUCACAAAGACAAGCCAAUCGAUUGGCUGCUCGAUCACAUCCUGUGGGUUAAAGUGUGUAAUCCUGAGAAAGACUCAAAACACUGCCAUAAUGAGAAGGCCCGACUGAAGAGAACUUACAAACCCUCCCUGUUUCAGCAUGUUGGUUUGCAUUCCUCACUCCUCGGUAAAAUUCAAAACCUAAAGGAUAAAGAUUUUGGGAAGCAGGUGCUGUUCAAAAGUCACAAUAACCCGCCAGCAGAACUCAGGAGCAGUCUGGAGAAAUAUCUGUCUCACACUCUGGAGAGAGCUUACAAUGGAGUGGAUUUCUUCUGGGGCCUCACACCCAAAAUAGGAGAUUAUAUCCUCAUUACUUUCACCGGACCUCAAGCUGUCAAAGGGUACCUUUUUCGAUCUGGCAAUAUUGAGACAAAUGGUGACAGGUUUUACAACACAACAGUGGAGGUGCUCCCUACUAGUAAAUCUGUGAAAGUGAGGGUGACGAGAGGAGAAUUAGCCUGCUGUAAACCCUCAUCUGAUGGCUUUGUUCAGAUAGGAAACUCCAGAGUUGGCCUGCGAGGUUUGUGA